AUGGAACUAACUUCUGGACAAUGGAAUCUCUCUGGCCUCCUCAGCGUGAGCCGCCAAUACACCUACAAGUUGGGAGCUGCCGCCAAAGGGGGCUUCAGUGGCUGCUCAGCAGGGCUCUCAGAGGGCAGCUCGUCCUCCUACCACAGAGGGAGCAAAGGACUCAGUGGGGGCUUCAGCAGUCGAAGCCUCUACAGCGUGGGGGACGCCCGGAGCAUCUCUUUCAACGUGGCCAGUGGUAGCGGGCGGGAAGGGGGUUACGGGUUUGGCUGCAGCCGGGCCAGUGGCUUUGCUGGCAGCAUGUUUGGCAGUGUGGCCCUGGGUCCUGCGUGUCCAUCCGUGUGCCCACAUGAGGGCAUCCACCAGGUCACCGUCAACAAGAGCCUCCUGGCCCCCCUCAAUGUGAAGCUGGACCCCGAGAUCCAGAAAGUGUGCACCCAAGAGCGGGAGCAGAUCAAGGCUCUGAACAACAAGUUUGCCUCCUUCAUCGACAAGGUGCGGUUCCUGGAGCAGCAGAACCAGGUGCUGGAGACCAACUGGGAGCUGCUGCAGCAGCUGGACCUGAACAACUGCGAGAACAAUCUGGAGCCCAUCCUUGAGGGCUACAUCAGCAACCUGCAGAAGCAGCUGGAGACGCUGUCUGGGGACAGGGUGAGGCUGGACUCGGGUCUGAGGAGUGUGCGGGACGUGGUGGAGGACUACAAAAAGAGGGCACUGAGCUCAGAUGUGGAUGCGGCUUACAUGAGCAAGGUGGAGCUGCAGGCCAAGGUGGACACCCUGCACGGAGAAAUCAACUUCUUCAAGUGUCUGUACGAGCGGGAGAUCGCUCAGAUCCAGUCCCACAUCAGUCACAUGUCUGUCAUCCUGUCCAUGGACAACAACCGGGACCUGGACCUGGACAGCAUCAUUGCUGAGGUCCGGGCCCAGUAUGAGGAGAUCGCCCUGAAGAGCAAGGCUGAGGCUGAGGCGCUGUACCAGAGCAAGUUCCAGGAGCUGCAGCUGGCAGCCGGCCGGCACGGGGACGACCUCAAACACAUCAAGAACGAGAUCUCGGAGCUGACCCGGCUCAUCCAGAGGCUGCGCUCAGAGAUGGAGAGUGUGAAGAAGCGGUGCUCCAACCUGGAGACAGCCAUUGCCGACGCCGAGCAGCGUGGUGAUUGUGCCCUGAAGGACACCCGAGCCAAGCUGGACGAGCUGGAGGCUGCCCUGCACCAGGCCAAGGAGGAGCUGGCCCGGAUGCUGCGCCAGUACCAGGAGCUGAUGAGCACAAAGCUGGCCCUGGACGUGGAGAUCGCCACCUACAGGAAGCUGCUGGAGGCAGUCAUCAGUAGUUCCACAGCUGGGACCCUGGGCGCAGGAACCGGCUUUGGGUUCAGUGGCGCCGGCACCUAUGGCUACUGGCCCAGCUCUGUCGGCCGGGGCUGCAGCAUGCUGUCUGGGGGCUGCAUCACUGGCAGUGGGAACUGCAGCGCCCGCGGGGAGGCCAAGACCAGGCUGACUCCACAGCUGGGAGCACCCCUGCAGGCUGGUCCUAUCAACGAAGAGAUCUGUGUCCUCCAUACGUGA